GCUAACUUCACUUCAUAGAUGUUCGAUUUCUUUCAACUACGUCGAGGCUUUGUGCAUAUUUGGGAUUUCGCUAUUCGAUACAGACAUGGCUUUGAGCGUGGCACUACCUUUAGCUGGAUUGGAGACGGAAAAUUUCUAUUCAUUCAGCUCGUUCGGGCACAUAAUCGACAUAGCGGGUUUGUCUCAAUCGCAGACUAGCCCGAGUCCGUCUGUCUCCAGCGAAUCCAGUGGUAUCGGUUCGCUGGGCUCUCUCAAGUCUGAGUCGGUGAACAGCGACUCCCUGCCCUCGAGCCCUCAGACUACUGAAAAGAAGAUAUUCGAGCCCGUCGCGCAGCCUCAGCCUCGACCAAAAGAGAAAGAAAUUGAGGAGAUCAAAAUCAGUUAUGGAGGCCGAGACAUCCUGAACUUGAUGCCUAACCUCACGGACCCGCGGUGGAACUAUCGGGCUACGGUGCUGCCCCCUAACAACCCAGCAUUGUUCUUCGCUAACCGCUCCCAGUACCACCGCCUGGGCCCAUAUGGAACUCGCACACAGUAUGUAAACGACUCUUGCCGUCACUGCGGCUUUUCUUGGGUAGUGGCUGCCACAGAUUGACGUGUCGGUGCAGCGUAAACUGAACAAACGAGGAGUGGGUAUGACUGGGACUCAUCAGGGUGCAUAUCAACUUCUCUUUUCAAUGUCACUUAGUGGUGCUUAUCAUCUACUAGCGUUAAGCCUAUGACUCCAGUUUGAAAAUGUUUAUUUUAUCUCUAGUGACAACCUUCCGUUUUUUAUAAAAAUGGCAGGGAAUUGGGGUACCCUUGUGAUGUUUUUUGUUGUUGGUACUAAAAUGCUUAUAUGAAUUUUGUUGAACUGAAGUCAAGGCUGGGUGACAUCUUCCUAUUGAUUGUGUGAUGUAAGGCCCUGGUGUGGCCCGGUCCUACGGAUGACUGUGGAAUAUGUAUAUGGCUAUCGUCUCGCGCAUUCCUAGAGUUACAUUUUAAUCGUGACUUAAUACUGUGAUCUUAAUUUAAACAAAGACAAUUUUUGACAAUUCUUUGAAUGUUUUGCGUGACGAUGCUCAACUUUUUGUUUUUGUUUUUAACUUAUUUGUGUGAUAAAUUAAAACAUAGGUUUAAGUAAUACUAUGAAUUGAACUUGCAAUGCCAUAAGAUUUUGCACACUUGUUCCAAUUUAGCAUUUCUAGGUCCCACUAAUUAUAAAAAAAGAUAAGUAUUGAAAAAGUAAUGAUCACAUCAACUUAACAAUAAUUUUAAAGACUGUUGAAGAUUCAAAAUAAUAUAUUAUGCUACACUUAGUUCCUCUUAGAAAUGUUAAUAAUAUGUUAUCCAAAGAAUCUAUUUGUUUAAUGAGCAUAUAAUAUUAACUAUAAAUUGUUGGUUAUGCAACUUACUUUGAUAAGUAUGAAACCCUGUGGGACUGGACAUAGCCAGCCUUCUGGGUUUUGACUAAUUACUCUUAAAGCAAUAUUUAAAUUAUGGACAUAUACUUAUAUUAUUAUGAGUUACUACUUCCCACCAUUACACAUAAUAGUUAUUAUUUAAAUAUUGUUUUAUAAUAAUGUUUAGUCUAGAAGUAAUUUAGAUAUAUUCCACAGUCAUUUAUUUUUAGGGUCGUCGUUGUUACUAACCAAAAGGCUGCUUCUCGGAUGUUAUUUAAAGUAACGAUUUUGACAAGAUAGGCACGAAUUUAAAAGCCAAGCUGUAGGUUAACUUAAGGUUUAAUAUGACGAUUGUUGGAUUUACCGUCCGAGCAUAACAUAAUAAUAGUGAUGACAUAUUAUCUAGAAGAUAUGAUCUUGACACAUAUGCCCUAAUAUAUUCCUAUCUACUGAACGAGAAUAGAAAGCUCGAACAACUCAUUUCAUGUAACUAAUCACCCAUGGAUCACAGUCAAAGUGGGUUUAUCAGUGCAUAUCAUCACAAAUUAAUGCAGUGAUUAGAUAUUCUAAGGUAUUAGUAGUUGUUACAGACCGUUUUAAAACGUUUGAGUCAUUGAUACGCCCAGAUGCUGGGCUUCUAGUGAAAUUAUAGUAAGUGUGUUAACAGACUGGCAAUAUCUCUAUGUAUGUGCAUAUAUAAAUGUAAUAUUCGUGGUCUCUUAAUUUAGUCAAGAUAUUUAAUAGUGUGAGUCUCUUCAAUUACAUGUAAGUAAAACAUACUAAUUAUAAUGGAUAAUUACGAUGCUGUCCUUUUGUGCAACUUUAGUUCUGCUAUGUUGUGAUCAGCUUUAACUUGGAACUGGAGUAUUUGUACACAAUAAUGUUGACAUAUUUCCCACAAAGUUAUUUUUAUAAAAAAAAAUGUUGAUAUGAGACAAUACAGUAUGUAGUAUUCAAAAUUUAAUUUAUAUUUCUAUGGAUAUCGCUUAAUGGGUUUGGCUAAUAUUUUGGAAGGGACCAACAUCCAUAUAUUUAUUUCAUUGUUAUUCCUUUACAGUAGCCAAAUGUAUUCCCAAAUCGGCACCUUAAUCAUAAAGAUACAUUUCAUUGCAUUUUAUCAGUUGAUUUAUGUAGUUGAGUCAUCACGCAAAUUAGUCUGUUACUAUGUAAUAAUUUUCAGGGCUAUGAACACAUAUAACUUAAAAGAGUAGGAAAAAGUUGUACAAAAUUUGUAUUUAUGUAUUAUGAUUCAGUGAGUCAUGACUGAACAUAUAGCAUGGAUCUCAGAAUGCAGCUAACAGUGAUAUAUUCGUAUGCCUCUGUUCGGGGCUCCCGAGUCGCGCAGGCUCGGAGGCUCCGCGCCUAGUGUGCUAUAUACAGUCACACAUACUCACAAAAUGGUUGUUAUCAAAUUAUUAUUUAAAUCAAAUGUUGCAUUCAUAUUAUUUUUAGUUUAGCAAUGACAAAGCUGUAAUCGAAUGUAGUUCAAAGGAAAGUAUUGGAGCGAUACGCACAGUUGUGAGACUGGCUCUUGUUGUGAAUUACUCCAUACGUUAAUUUUAGUGGUGUAUUCCCGCAGCCCUACCAAACCGAGUGAGGCCGAGGUGCGAUGCAAUAAGUGCAUUCCAGUUUUGUUUUAAGUUGUCAGACGGGGGUAGUUGUUAAUGUUUGUUUAGUCCACAUGCCAAAACAUUGGUCGUUGUGCUAUUUAUUGAACGCAAUCUAAAAUAUCAAUUGAACCUUCCAUUCUAUGUGUCUUCAAAGUGAUUUUACAACCUUUUAAUCAUUUCAAUUGUAUGCAUUUUAUUUUGUUUAGUCAAAUCAUAUACACAAUAUUAUACAUAAUAAUUAUUAUUGCGUUGUAUUCUAUCUAUUGUUCAUUAAUAUUAUGACAAAUAUUUUUUUCUCAUUGAACUGUAGUCAAAUGGCAGUAUUUUUGUAUUGAAAAUUGUAUAAGGAUGAAAGGGUUUUUUGCCUAGGCCUCGCGACCGCCGCGCCGGACCCUGGAGUGGGGCCCGGCCGCAGCCCGCGGUCCGUGCCCGGUGUGUAUUACGUAUAUCUGAUAAGCAUUAUGUAGGUUUAGCGAAAUAGAUUAACUCGGAGGCAAACUCCCAAGUACCAAAUCUUAUUGGUUCAAUGUUGUUCUCGUAUUGUGGUGAUAUAGUGCGUCGCGCGCGGCGCAGAGCUCAAUAUUUUUAGUAACCCUAAAGAAAAUUAAUACCUCUUUUGAAAAGAAUAUAAUAUUUAUUAUAUAGUAUAUCCAAUCUAUUAUCACAUAUGUAUUUCCCUGUUUAUUUUGAUGUGAUAUCAUAAAUGACUGAUCUGAAUUUAGUUUUUAAGUUGGUUAUUGAAUUAUUGAUAUGCAGUGCUAUUUCGAGAGUGUAAUUAAGAUGUAAUAUUGAAAGUGCCAAUGCUCGUAAUUUAAUCUUUGUGACUGUCUGUUUAUGUAGCCGUGUAGGGCGGGCCUCGGGCCUCCCGCCCGGAGGCCUGCCACUUCAGUAUGUAAGCGAUCUUCCUCCGUAUCACAUAAGUCAACGAUGUUACUGUUAAUCAACCACGUAACGUGCACAAUCUCAGUAAUGCUUGCAAUAUUAUAUAUAACAUAUUUAAUUCCUCACUUAUAAUUUAAUCCAGCGUAAUGUUAAGAGUACAAUAUGAGAUGAUGUUAUAUCAUUCUAGUAUCAAAAUUAGCCGAAGAUGUUAAUAUUAUUAGUUAGGUAAAUUUUAACAUAGCUUCUUAUAAUUGGGAUGUUUUAGUAUUUAGUGACGUAUAAAUACAGCGUAGUGGCAAGCAAGUUGUCGUGCGUGAAGUGAAAUAAUGUUAGUGGCAAUAAUACUCUAUGUAAGUUCCCUGCCAAGAAACAGUCUGUCUGCGGCGCUGCGGCUUGCGCGGGCACUGCGAGGCCGCAUUACCCAAAGAGGCUAUGUUGACGAUUGCCUUUAGGCCUAGCGUAGGCCCACCUAAUGAUCUACCUACAUAGAGGCCUCUGUUUGCCCUAAAUGCGGCCUUAGCAGGCCCGCGCAGCCACACCCACCGCGGGUUGACCCGCGCGCAUUCACAACUGGACGAUAGACACUAGGCGUUUAUUUGUUGUAAUUAUAAUAAUAGCCGUAGGUAUUUUAUCGUACUUAAUAAUUAUUCUUGCGAUGCCUUAAUUCUGGUUGUCAAUUAGACAUGUCUCUGCCUAGAGUGUUAUCAUUGUUUUUAUUUAUUUUAGUUUUUUGCUGUUCCGGCUUCCUCCGUGAACUUCCAGUCCAGGCUGUUCUUUUUUAAUGAUUUUGAAGUCGAUUUAUUUUUACCUAAGUGUUCUUAUUAAAUGUUACCAAAAUGUUUUUAAUAAAAUAUUUUUAUAUGUA